CGUAUAAAAGGGUUUGCAAGAACUCUCCAACAGUCUCGAGGUACUCCAACGUUGUUGUUUCAACAGGUGAAUCGCAUACAGAGUGUCCACUAACAGCGGCUGGCUCUUCGAUAGCGUGGGGCCCGUGCUCGAGGAUAUAGAGGAAAACCUCUACGUAUAGAUCCAAAAUCGAAAUUAACAUCAUGAUGUGGCCAUAUGUACGAUGGCUUGUAUUGUUGGUGUCCGUUUUAGUACUUCAAAGUGACUGGACAACUGCUGCACCGAAUCCUAAUGGAGAUGAGAUGAUGCGCCUGCUCAAGCUGGACCAGAUGUACUCAUCAGUCGCCAGACCGAGCUUGCGGAGUGGUCCCGUCGAAACAGAAAUCAGGCCUAAGUUGGUCCAGAGGGCGAUGCUGAGGCUGCAGGAGCUCGAUAGGCUGUAUUCAGAUCGAGCACGACCGAGAUUCGGGAAAAGAACUUUCCAUAACAACCCCAAAUAUGCUCCUCUGGAAUACGAUAGCCAAUACCAGCAGAGCGAGCAAGACGUGGGAGAUUGGCUUCCAGUUAGAAGAUGAGACGACACGCAAGCAUUUCCAAUGAUUCUUCGUUUUUUGUCAACCCACCCUAGUAGACAAUCAUUUUAAGUUUGGUUGUUUUUCGUGUUCUUCAGUGUCAUUGAUUCCCGCAGAUUUCCCUGUUAUUCUUGCUAAAAGUUAUUUAGUCCGAAAUAAAGCAUCCGUGUGGCCUAA